AUGCCUGCCAGUAAGAAGCUGGAGGUAGCAGGGACCUGGAUCCGCAGGAUGGAGCCGCAGGAGAUCCGUUUCUACCCUCGGAGGAGCCAAAGAGGAGGUAGAACUAUGGCAGAGAAGCCCUGGAGGAAGUCCUCGCUCCCUGGGGUGAAAGUCCGGCAGCUGGUGGAUGAGGUCCCCGAGGGCGGCCGCACGCCGGACUUCGAGCAGAAGCCUGUCACCUUGGCCCUGCAGGAGGGGAGAAAUGCUAUCUUCCGGGCUGUGGUCUGCGGGGAGCCCAGGCCCGAGGUGCGUUGGCAGAGCACCAAAGGUGACCUCAGUAACUCCAGCAAGUACCAGAUCUCCUCCGCCCCCGGCAGCAAGGAGCACGUGCUGCAGAUCAACAAGCUGACAGGCGAGGACACGGACCUGUACCGCUGCACGGCGGUGAACGUGUACGGAGAGGCCGUGUGCUCAGCGAGACUCACCGUCAUCGAAGUUGGCUUCCGGAAGAAACGGAAGAGGCAACAGGAACCCCAGGAGGACCUCAGGAAGGAGCUGAUGGACUUCCGGAAGUUGCUGAAGAAGAGGCCCCCACCAGCCCCUGAGAAAAAGGUGGACCUGGAGCAGGUGUGGCAGCUGCUGAUGACAGCAGACCGGAAGGACUACGAGAAGAUUUGCAUGAAGUACGGCAUCGUCGACUUCCGGGGCAUGCUGCGCAAGCUGCAGGAGAUGAAGAAGGAGCAGGAGAAUAAGAUGGCAAAGUACAUCAACGCCAUCUCCAAUUUGAGACACAUCAGGGUCACCAAGGAGGGGGUCGCGACCUUUGCCCUGGAGCUGGAUCUCAAGGACUCUGAGAGCAAGAUUUACUUGUACAAGGAUGGUGAGAUGGUCCCCUAUGGCUUCGACAACCUGACCAAGCACUAUCUGCGCCGGCUGGGGAAGCGCUACCACUUCCAGAUCCAGGACCUGAGGCUCGAGGACUCUGGCAUUUACCAGGUCAAGGUGGAGGAUACCGUAGUCUUCUCCACGGAACUGGAGGCCAGUGCCAUCCCCGCCAGAGUGGUGGUCCCGCUGGCCGAGACUCGCUGCGAGGAGCACGCUGACGCGGUCUUUGAAUGCACCCUCUCCAACCCCUGCCCCAGUGCUGCCUGGCAAUUCCGGCACCGGCCGCUCCAGCCCAGUGACAAAUACGAAGUGUCUGUGUCCCCCGACGGGCUGACCCACCGGCUAGUGGUGAGGGGGGCCCGUUUCUCAGACAUGGGCCUCUACUCGCUGGGCACCGGGUUCCAUGCCUCCAGCGCCUGGCUGGUGGUGGAAGCUGGGAAGGACAAAGAACUCCAGACCACCUGUGCGGACAGCCAGCUGCAAGGGCGAGGGGCCCCGGCCUGGGAAGCAGAAGACUCUGGGACCAUCGGUAGCCAGGGAGGGAAGCCCAUAGAGCAGGACCCCAUGAGGGGCUUCCAUGAGGGGGCUGAGCUGGAGUCUGGGCUCCAGCGGAUCUCCAGCCCCGACAGGGCUGGCCUUGGCAGGCACGGAUACUCUUUGAUGGAGGAUGAAGGGGCAGCUCGCUCAGAUUGGGGCCCUGGGCAGGAAAGAAAGGGCUUUCUAGAAGCAGAGGGAGACAGAGUCACUCCUGGGGAAAAUCAGCCCCAUAGACAGGGAGGUUGGGCCGGAAGCCUUCAAGGGAGGCCCCAUCUGCAGGGAGAGGGCCCAGAGUCAGGGUUGGGCUUCAUGGGAAAACAACAGCAAGAUCAUGGCAGAGACAUCAAUGGGGACACAUGCUGGGGGACAGCAGGAGGCUGGGAGGCUGGGUCCCGUGGCCCUCAGGAUGGAGGACCGGGGAGCGGCUGGGAAGGAAAGGAGGUCAGAGAAGACAGUAGAGGUCAACGGGAUAGGCACAUCCAGGAGCGACUCUGGGAUGCUGAACUGGGACCUGGGAUAGGAAAGAGGGCCCUUCAGGAAUCCCAGUCCGGUCCUGCGGGGUCCUGGCCAAGAGGGGAGGAGAUAGAGACAAUUUUGCAGGGUGACAGCCUGGACGAGAUGGAGGGAGGGGACGGUCUGAGUAUGGAAAGGGGGAGCGGAGCGGCAAGGGUAGCAUCGAGCAGUGGGACUGGCCCUGGGGCAGCUGCAAACAGCGAUGGAGCAGGAGGUCCUGGCACCCGGGAGUUUCCUGGAGGAAGAAGUUCUAGCUCCAAGGCGGGCGUGGGCCCUGAACCCUGGAGUUUGCAGGGAGGUAGAGAUGCUGACUAUGGGGAAGCCAGGGGCUACUGGGGGUCAGGGGAGUGUCCAGGACAGAUAUCUGGAGGCAAGGACUUCCAGGAACCAUCAAUGUCAGGUGGCAGAAAAUUCCUUUCGGGGAGUGGGAGUCCUGAGGCCAGUGCUGAGGACUCACUGCAGGAGGCAGGUGAUCUACGCUGGGGGGAAUCUGCAGUUAGGGGAAGGGGCUACAAAACCAGCCCCGGAGGCCCAGGAGACCCCAGGUCCUGGAAAGGUGGCUUACAGGAUGCAGAAGGAAGGGAUGGCCAGGAGACAGCUAGGGCCUUGGGCGGCGCAGGGGAAGGCUCCAGAAGCCUCCAGUCCUCCCAGGGCUGGGCAGCAGGUCAGGGGGGAGAAGGGGAAGCCGGCAGACCAGAGUCUGAGAGCGCAAGUCCUUGGGAUGACACGUGGUCCAGCCCCAGAAAAACUGGGGCCCACCAUGGGCCAGGAGUGCUGGGGUCCAGGGGAGGGAAAGGGGGCCUGGGUGGUACCCAGGUGGCUGGGCUGAUAGAGUCCGGUCAGGGGGCAGAUGCCGGAAGCCACAGCCUAAUUAGGUCUCCAGGCCUGGGUGCUCAGGGGCCUGGGGGCACUCUAGGAGGUACAGACGGAUUAAAAGGUCUGGGGGUAAUAGGGUCUGAACCAGAUUUCUGGAAUGGGCCAGAGAGCUCCAGAGUAAAAGGAUGCAAAGGUGAGAUGGGCCAUGAGGAUGGCUUAGGAGGCCCAGAGAGAAUGGAAUCUAGGCAUGGGGGUGGCUCAGGACAUCCUAGAGGAAUAGGUCUUGAAAACAAGGCUGGUUACAGUGACGGCUCAGCGGUGCCUGGAGAGAUGGGGUCUGGUCAUGGUGCUGGUUGUAGAGUUGCCUCUGGGGUACCCGUGGGAACAGAGUCUGAGGCAGGGAGUGCUUCCAGGCAUGGCUUGGGGGUGCCCAGGGGAAUGUGGUCUGGUGACAGAGAUGACUGUGGUCCUGCAGGAAAGGGGUCUGGGGGAGUUGCCAGUCUCAGGGGUGGCUCAGGGGGCCCUGAUGGAGCACCCAUGGAUGAAGCCAGGAAUCGGGACGCUUGCAGAGGACAGGGGGAAACAGGCCCUGGGGGAGGCCAUCAUUUGGAUGGUGGCCCAGGGAGUCCUGGGACAGUGGGGUCUGUGGGUAGAGGUGGUCGCAAGGCCUCCAGAGCAGUGGAGACUGUUAGGGAGGGACAUGUGGAAGCAGAACCAGGAGGCGCUGGAAGAACAAGGCCUUGGGGUCAGGCUGGAGAUUAUGAGGGCUUCAGAGGCUCAGAGGCCCUGGGGGCCUUCAGAGAAGGAGGCUAUGAAGAUGGCGCCGGGGGUCCAGGAGCCAUGGACUCAGGGUCUCUGAGGAGAGGGGGAAAGGUGGGUGAUGGGGAUGGGACUGGGUACCUUGGUGCCAGGGCCUCUGGAGCUGGAAUUGGUUAUUGGGAUGGUACCAGGCACCCUGAGGCACUAGCGCCUCACGCGGGGGCUGGUUCUGAGAGCCAGUGGGCCUGUGGGUCUGGCAGGGUGCUGGGAUCUGCGGCUGGGUCAGAAAUUCCAGAGGCUCAGGGAACUGGGGGCAGAACAUCUUAUGAAAGAGGGUCAAGGGGCCUUGGGCCUAGGAGAACAGGGCCAGGGGGUGCAGCAGGCUUUAGAGGUGGCUCUGGAGGAAUGGGAUCAGAAGAUGGGGCAGGUUGGGGGAAUGGCACUGGGGAUUCUGGGGAAAUGGGCUCAGUAGAUAAGGCAGGUUAUAGAGAAGGCUUAGGGGCUCCUGGGAGAAGGGGUUUAGGAAGCAAGGCAGACUAUAGGGAUGGUUUAGGGGGUUCUGGGGAAAUGGGGGGUUCAGGAAGCAAGGCAGACUAUAGAGAUGGUUUAGGGGGUUCUGGGAAAAUGGGCUCAGUAGAUAAGGCAGGUUACAGAGAAGGCUUAGGGGAUCCGGGGGGAAAGGGUUUAGGAAGCAAGGCAGAUUGUAGGGAUGGUUUAGGGGGUUCUGGGGAAAUGGGGUCAGUAGAUACAUCUGGUUAUAGGGAAGAUUUGGGGGCUCCUGGGAGAAGGUGUUCAGGAAGCAAGGGAGACUAUAGGGAUGGUUUAGGGGGUUCUGGGGAAAUGGGGUCAGUGGAUACAACUGGUUCUGGGGAAAUGGGGUCAGUGGAUACAACUGGUUAUAGGGAAGAUUUGGGGGCUCCUGGGGGAAGGGGUUCAGGAAGCAAGGCAGACUAUAGGGGUGGUUUAAGGGGUUCUGGGGAAAUGGGGUCAGUGGAUACAGCUGGUUAUAGAAAAGACUUGGGGGCUCCUGGGGGAAGGGGUUCAGGAAGCAAGGCAGACUAUAGGGAUGGUUUAGGGAGUUCUGGGGAAAUGGGGUCAGUGGAUAAGGCAGGUUGUAGGCAUGUUUUAGGGGGUUCUGGGAGGAUUCCAUUAGGGAGUGAGGCAGGUUAUAGGGAAGCCUUAGGGGGCACUGGAGGAAUGGGGUCAGGGGGUGAGGUCAGUUAUAGGGGAGGCUCAGGAGGGCCUGGGGAAAUGGGGUCAGAGGGUGAAAUGCGCUGUGGAGAUGGUUUAGGGCAGUUUGGGGUGCCAGGCUCACUGGCUGGAGCAGGACAUGAGGCUGGACCCAGAGACCACAAAGCUACAAGGCACGGGUCAAGAUAUUGGGUAGCAUCAGAAGGUGGCAUGAGCUCCAAGGAUGGUCCAGAGAGGGCCAGAAAGGGGCUUGUUGAUGGGGCAGGCCCUGGAUUGGGCUCUGGGGUGGCUGGAGUGCUGGGCACUGCAGAUGGCACAGCACACAGGGACGGCCCCAGGGUCCCAGGGAUGCCAGAGUCUCAGGGAGGGCCACAGACUCUUCCAGGUGGGUGGGGGUCCACCAAUGGUCUUAGGGGCGAUGGCACCUCAGGGAUCCCUGAGGCCUUGCAGGCUGUUGGUUCCAAGGGAAAAUCAGAUAUUGAAGAGUGGCAAGAUGGUUCUGGGAUUCCAGGGUCUUCUAGGGACAGAGGGGCUCCCAGGGGAAAGGGCAGGUCUGCAGACCAAGCAGGGAAUAGAGGGGGUUCUGGGUUUCUUGAUGGUAAGGAGGCAGCGGAAGGUGAGACCUGGGUGGGGGUGGAUGUUUUGGAGUCUAGACCUGAACGGGACUUCUGGACACCAGGCCCAGGAAUAGCAGACAAGGGUAGAGUUUCUGGCCAGGGUGGAUUGGCACCUCAGGGAGGUGGGGACUCACUGCUGGGAGGCAGGAGGACAGGAGCAGGUUCAGGGAGCUCAGCAGGGGCAGGCCAGGUCCUGGACAGAGGCUCCAGGCCCAGUGGAAGGGACAAGCCAAUGCCAGGGCCAGCUGAUGGGAGAGGGGAGAGCAAUGCUGGGGUCCCAGGCUGGGAAGACCAGGGGUUUGGCCAAGGCAGCGCAGGUGCUAGAGGCCAACCCUCAGGCUCCAGGGCUUCCGGUUCUCUGCAGGAGAAAGGUGCCACUUUCAGUGGGACCCAUGAAGGGCCAGGGGGCUUUAAAGGCAGGGAGGGUCCACCAGGCCAAGAGGCAGCUGGAGAAGGUCAAGGCCCAUGGUCCUUGGAUAGCAAAGGUUCAGGUCCUGGGAGGGGCAGGACUGGCGGUGCAGAGGACUCAGGUGUCCUAGGCAAGAGGAAUUCCACUGAGUGGGGGAACGGCCUCACCCCAAAACCUGGGGAGCCAGGACCUCGGGGAGCCUGGAAUGGCUUAGAUGGUCCCUUUGGCAGAAAAGGCUCUGGAGAUAGAUCAGGAGGGGUCCAGGGCCUGAGCGCUCAGGCAGGCAAAGGACAGAGAGGAGGAAGUGGGUUCCUUGGGGAGCAAGGGUCCCUGGAGGCUGAGAAUGGCACAGCCCAAGGUCCCAGGGCCCUAAAGGAGAAUGAGGGAUGGGGAGUGGAAGAGUCUGGCAGGUCAGACAGGAGGCCAGGUCCACUCGGGGGCAGAUCUCAAGCACAAUCAGGGGCUGAAGUUGGAGUAGCCAAGAGAGGGAGAGUGGACGAGGCCAGAGGUACGGGGCAGCCUCCUGCGGGGGAGACCCGAACGUGCCUAGGGGAACCUCCACGUGAAGACUGGACCCGGGAGUCCCCAAGUCAUCUUGGCAGCAGGAGAGGUGGCAAAGAGGGCCGGCUGGAUGUCUACGGCAAGGGCAGAGAUGCCACCCAGAGUCCCACAUCCAGAUACAAGCCUGGCACUGGCAGUUUCUCCACGGAGGCCCGAGGCCCCACAGGCCACUUCUCCCAGGGCCUGGCUGACACGGAGGUGCAGCGGGGGGAAACUGCCACACUCUCCUGCACCCUCACCAGUGACCUGGGACCCGGCGCCUGGUUUAAGGACGGAGUCAAGCUCACCACCCAGGAUGGAGUCGUCUUUGAGCAGGACGGUCUCGCGCACAGACUCCUCAUUGCCCACGUGCAGGGGACCCAGGCCGGGAGGUACACCUUCGUCGCCGGCAACCAGCAGAGCGAGGCCACCCUGACCGUCCACGAUCCGCCCACCAUCGCUCCAGACGUGACAGAGACGCUGAGAGAGCCCUUGGUGGUCAAGGCCGGGAAGCCGGUGACAGUGAAGGUCCCCUUCCAGAGCUGCCUCCCGGUUCAGGCUGCCUGGAGGAAGGAUGGGGCCGAGCUGGGCGGCAGCGGCAGCGGGGGCGCCCAGGUGGCCCUGGGGGACGGCUACGUGCGGCUGUGCCUCCCCAGCGCACGCAGGAAGGAUUGUGGCCAGUACAGCGUGACCCUGAGGAGCGAGGGAGGCUCUGCGCAGGCCACGCUCGCCCUGCAAGUCAUAGACAAGCCUGAGCCCCCGCAGGGCCCCCUGGAGGUGCAGGAUCGCCACGAGGCUGGUGUCCGCCUCCGCUGGCGGCCCCCGAGAGAUGAUGGGGGCCGGGCCGUGGAGCACUACGUGGUGGAGAGGCGACAGGCUGGCAGGAGCACCUGGCUGAAGGUGGGCGAGGCCCCCGCAGACGGCACCAGCUUCACCGACGCCCAGGUGGAGCGGGGCCGGAAGUACGCCUUCCGCGUGCGGGCCGUGACCUCCGAGGGGGCCGGCGAGGCCCUGGAGUCUGAGGAGGUCCUGGUGGCUCCUGAGGCUCUCCCCGGGGUGCCUUCUGCCCCGGCCAUCCUGUCGGCCUCCAGCCGGGGCAUCACACUAACAUGGACAGCACCGCGGGGCCCUGGCAGUGCCCACGUCCUGGGCUACCUGAUUGAGAAGCGCAAGAUGGGGAGCAGCACCUGGACGGCAGUGAAUGACCAGCCUGUCCCUGAGAGGAGGUGGACGGUGGUGGACGUGCGGCAGGGCUGUCAGUACGAGUUCCGGGUGACGGCAGUGGCUCCCUCAGGCCCUGGAGAGCCUGGGCCCCCUUCGGAUGCUGUGUUCGCCCGGGACCCCAUGAGACCUCCUGGGCGCGUGCGGAAUCUCCAAGUCACAGACACGACAAACACCAGCAUCACCCUGAGCUGGGCCGGACCGGAUACCCAGGAUGGGGACGAAGCCCAGGGCUACGUGGUGGAGCUGUGUCGCUCAGACAGUGUCCAGUGGAUGCCAUGCCACACGGGCACCGUGCCAGUCACCACCUACACGGUCAAGGGGCUUCGGCCCCAAGAAGGCUACUUCGUGCGAGUGACAGCAGUUAAUGAAGGAGGCCACGGCCAGCCCACUGCCCUGGACACGUUAGUGCAAGCGAUGCCCACCACUGUCUGUCCCAAGUUCCUCGUGGACUCCCACACAAAGGACUCGCUGUUGGUCAAGGCUGGGGACACCGUCAGCGUGCCGGUCUCCUUUGAAGCUGCCCCCAUGCCUAAGGUGACCUGGCUGAAGGAUGGCUUGCCCUUGCCCAAAAGAAGCGUGACCACCACCAAGGACGGCCUUACACAGCUUCUGAUUCCUGUGGCCAGCCUCUCGGACAGCGGCCUCUACACCGUGGUGCUGAGGGGCCUUCAGGGGAAGGAGGUUGCCCGCAGUUUCCGCAUCAGGGUGGCAGCGUGUCCGCAGCCGCCUGGGCCCAUCCACCUGCAGGAGAACGUGCCUGGGACGGUGACGGCCGAGUGGGAGCCCUCUCCGGACGAGGCCCGGGGCAUCCCGCUGCACUACGCGGUGCAGACGCGCUCCUCGGCGGACGGCUCCUGGCGCGAGGCGGCGGACCGCGUCCACACCAACCGCUUCACCCUCCUGGGCGUCCUCCCCGGCCAUGAGUACCGCUUCCGGGUGGUGGCCAAGAAUGAGCUGGGGGCCAGCAGACCCUCGGACCCCAGCCAGCCCUGGAGCAUCCCCCGGCAGCGCGACAGGUUCACCGUGAAGGCCCCCAGCUACCGGGAGCCCGACCUGAGCCAGAAGCCCCGGUUCCUGGUAGGGCUGCGGACCCACCUGCUGCCCCAGGGCUGCGAGUGCUGCAUGAGUUGCGCCGUGCAGGGCUCGCCCCGGCCCCGCGUCACCUGGUUCAAGAACGACCAGAGCCUGGAAGGGAAUCCUGCAGUGUACAGCACCGACUUGCUGGGCGUGUGUUCCCUCGUCAUCCCCAGCGUCGCCCUCGAGGACAGCGGCGAGUACAAGGCUGUGGCGGAGAACACGCUGGGCCAGGCUGUCAGCACCGCCACCCUCAUUGUCGUAGGUAAAGCGAGGCACUGCCGGGCGAGGCGGGAAACGGCAGCCGCGGACUCCUCGCCACGGGCCCGCACCAGAGCCCUGAGCUGUGGCCGCGGGGACCGGCUGCUCCUGGCGGUCCUGUCGCUGCUGGCGGUGGGCAGCGUGGGGCUGCAGGGCUGGCUGCUUGCCACGCAGCUGGAGGCGCUGCGGACUCGGGUCCACGAUCUCCUCCCGCACCCCCAGGAGGCCAGUGUGGCCCGGCUCUCCAGCACCACGGAGGAGCGGCUGUGGGCACAGCAGCUGGAGCAGGCGGAAGGUGGCUGGAGCGGGGGCCCCUCCCCGCCACACAUGACCACCAGGGGACACCGCAGGCUUUACAGUGGGGCUAGAGAAGCCCUGGAUGCCCGAGGUGGCCCACGGGGAGAGAGUGGGCACUUCGUGACAUCUGGGGACAGCCUGGGGGCAGAGGAGCAGAGAGGGAUGGAAAGUGGGGCUGGAGCAGGGGUGGAGCGGGUCCAGGCUGAGUCCACCGCCUGUGGUGUGGUGCUCUCUGCCCUGGAGCUGCACCUGUGCUCCCUGAGCCCCCAGAAUCCACAGAGUGGGAACCCGGAGCCGAAUGCGCCGCCCGUGCCCUGGGGUGUCGACAGCUGA